GGACAGGAUGUUUGCUAAGCUAGCAGAUGAAGUCAAGGCCAAGGAGGACCUCCAAGAGGGGGUUAAGAAACUGGAGAAUGAGAAGGCCUCUCUGCAGACAGACAGUGAGAAGUACACGGGCCAGGUGCAGAGACUCCAGCAGAAACUGCAGAUCAUGACAGAGAUGUUCCAGGAGAAUGAGCUCAAACUACACAGGUACUCUACGGGAGCCACACCAACGCUGACCCAAAUGCACAGCUUCAUCUAUAAACAUUCAAAUCAAAUAACAUUUUAUUGGUCACAUACACAUGAUGUUAUUGCGGGUGUAGCGCAAUUCUUGUGCUUCUAGCUCUGACAGUGCAGUAAUAUCUAACAAAUAAUAAAUUACACAACAUAUACACACAUCUAAGUAGGAAUGAAUUAAGACUAUAUACAUAUGGACGAGCGAUGUCAGAGCGGAACGGACUAAGGUACAGUAGAAUAGUAUAGAAAAACAGUAUAUACAUAUGAGAUGAGUAAUGCAAGAUAUGUAAGAAUUAAGUGUCUAAGAUACCAUAGAAUACAGUAUAUACAUAUGAGAAGUGUAAUGCCAGAUAUGUAAAACAUUAUUCAAGUGACUAGUGUUCCAUUCCUUAAAGUGGCCAGUGAUUCCUAGUCUAUGCCUAUAGGCAGCAGUCUCUAAUGUGCUGUGAUGGCUGUUAGAAGCUGUUUUUCAGUCUCUCGGUUCCAGCUUUGAUGGACCUGUAUUGACCUCGCCUUCUGGAUGAUAGCGGGGUGAACAGGCAGUGGCUCAGGUGGUUGAUGUCCUUGAUGAUCUUUUUGGCCUUCCUUACUCCCUGUUCAAAAAAUGUAGAACCAAGAAACAGAUAUAGCCCUUGGUUCACUCCAGACCUGACUGCCCUUGACCAGCACAA